GGCGUCCAUCUUGGGAGUCUGAAGGACCUGAGGCAUUUUGUGACGAGGAUCGUCUCAGGUCAGCGGAGGGAAGAGACUUAGACCUAUCCGGUCUUCAAGGUGCUCCAGGAAGCAGGAGUUGAAGACCUGGGUGUGAGGGACACAUACAUCCUAAAAGCACCACAGCAGAGGAGGCCCAGGCAGUGCCAGGAGUCAAGGUUCCCAGGAGACAAACCCCCUAGGAAGACAGGCGACCUGUGAGGCCCUAGAGCACCACCUUAAGAGAAGAAGAGCUGUAAGCCGGCCUUUGUCAGAGCCAUCAUGGGGGACAAGGAGAUGCCUGCUGCUGGGAUGCCAAGUCUUCUGCAGAGUUCUGCUGAGAGUCCUCAGAGUCCUGAGGGGGAGGACUCCCAGUCUCCUCUCCAGAGUCCUCAGAGUUGUCCUGAGGGGGAGGACUCCCCGGAUCCUCUCCAGAGACCUCCUGAGGGGAAGCACUCCCAGUCUCCUCUCCAGAUUCCUCAGAGUUCUCCUGAGGGCGACGACACCCAGUCUCCUCUCCAGAAUCCUCAGAGUCCUCCUGAGGGGGAGGACUCCCUGUCUCCUCUAGAGAUUUCUCAGAGCCCUGAGGGUGAGGAUGUCCAGUCUCCCCUCCAGAAUCCUGCGAGCGCCGCCUCCUCCUCCACUUUAUUGAGUAUUUUCCAGAGUUCCCCUGAGAGUACUCAAAGUCCUUUUGAGGGUUUUCCCCAGUCUCCUCUCCAGAUUCCUGUAAGCGCCUUCUUCUCCUCCAUUUUAUUGAGUAUUUUCCAGAGUUCCCCUGAGAGUACUCAAAGUACUUUUGAGGGUUUUCCCCAGUCUCCUCUCCAGAUUCCUGUGAGCCCCUCCCCCUCCUCCACUUUAUUGAGUAUUUUCCAGAGUUCCCCUGAGAGAACUCAGAGUACUUUUGAGGGUUUUCCCCAGUCUCCUCUUCAGAUUCCUGUGAGCCCCUCCUCCUCCUCCACUUUAUUGAGUAUUUUCCAGAGUUCCCCUGAGAGAACUCAGAGUACUUCUGAGGGUUUUCCCCAGUCUCCUCUCCACUUGCCUGUGAGUGCUGCCUCCUCCUCCACUUUACUGAGUAUUUUCCAGAGUUCCCCUGAGAGUACUCAAAGUCCUUUUGAGGGUUUUCCCCAGUCUCCUCUCCAGAUUCCUAUUCCUGUGAGCCCCUCCUCCUCCACUUUAUUGAGUCUUUUCCAGAGUUCCCCUGAGAGAACUCAGAGUACUUUUGAGAGUUUUCCCCAGUCUCCUCUCCAGAUUCCUGUGAGCUCCUCCUCCUCCUCCACUUUAUUGAGUCUUUUCCAGAGUUCCCCUGAGAGAACUCAGAGUACUUUUGAGGGUUUUCCCCAGUCUCCUCUCCAGAUUCCUGUGAGCUCCUCCUCCUCCUCCACUUUAUUGAGUCUUUUCCAGAGUUCCCCUGAGAGAACUCAGAGUACUUUUGAGGGUUUUGCCCAGUCUCCUCUCCAGACGCCUGUGACCUCCUCCUUCUCCUCUACUUUUUUGAGUAUUUUCCAGAGUUCUCCUGAGAGUACUCAGAGUACUUUUGAGGGUUUUCCCCAGUCUCCUCUCCAGAUUCCUGUGAGCUCCUCCUCCUCCUCCACUUUACUGAGUCUUUUCCAGAGUUCCCCUGAGAGAACUCAGAGUACUUUUGAGGGUUUUCCCCAGUCUCCUCUCCAGAUUCCUGUGAGCUCCUCCUCCUCCUCCACUUUAUUGAGUCUUUUCCAGAGUUCCCCUGAGAGUACUCAAAGUACUUUUGAGGGUUUUCCCCAGUCUCCUCUCCAGAUUCCUCAGAGUCCUCCUGAGGGGGAGAACACCCAUUCUCCACUCCAGAUUGCUGAGAGUCUUCCUGAGUGGGAGGACUCCCUUCCUCUUGAAGGGGAGGAUUCCAUGUCUCCUCACUACUUUCCUCAGAGUCCUCCUCAGGGUGAGGACUCCCUGUCUCCUCACUACUUUCCUCAGAGCCCUCCUGAGUGGGAGGACUCCUUGUCUCCUCACUACUUUCCUCAGAGUCCUCAGGGAGAGGACUCCCUGUCUCCUCACUACUUUCCUCAGAAUCCUCCUGAGGGGGAGGACUCCAUGUCUCCUCUCUACUUUCCUCAGAGUCCUCAGGGUGAGGACUCCCUGUCUCCUCACUACUUUCCUCAGAGCCCUCCUGAGUGGGAGGACUCCCUGUCUCCUCACUACUUUCCUCAGCGUCCUCCUGAGAGGCCUGCCCAGUCUCCUCUCCAUAGUCCUCAGAGCCCUCUUGAGGGGGAGGACUCCGUGUCUUCUCUCCAGUUUCCUCAGAGUCCUCCUGAGUGGGAGGACUCCCUCUCUCCUCUCCAGAUUCAUCCGUGUCCUCCUGACGGGGCAGAUCCCCAGUCUCCUCUCCAGAUUCCUCAGAAUCCUCCUGAGUGGGAGGACUCCACGUCUCCUCUCCACUUUCCUCAGAGUCCUCCUCAGGGGGAGGACUUCCAGUCUUCUCUCCAGAGUCCUGUGAGUAUCUGCUCCUCCUCCACUUCACUGAGUCUUCCCCAGAGUUUCCCUGAGAGUCCUCAGAGUCCUCCUGAGGGGCCUGCUCAGUCUCCUCUCCAGAGACCUGUCAGCUCCUUCUUCUCCUACACUUUAGCGAGUCUUCUCCAAAGUUCCCAUGAGAGUCCUCAGAGUCCUCCUGAGGGGUCUGCCCAGUGUCCUCUCCAGAGUCCUGUGAGCUCCUUCCUCUCCUCCACUUCAUCGAGUCUUUCCCAGAGUUCUCCUGUGAGCUCCUUCCCCUCCUCCACUUCAUCGAGUCUUUCCCAGAGUUCCCCUGAGAGUCCUCAGAGUUCUCUCCAGAGUCCUGUGAGCUCCUCCUCCUCCACUUCAUUGAGCUCAUUCAGUGAAGAGUCCAGCAGCCCAGUAGAUGAAGAUACAAGUACCUCAGACACUUUGCUGGAGAGUGAUUCCUUGACAGACAGCGAGUCCUUGAUAGAGGGCGAGCCCUUGUUCACUUAUACAGUGGAUGAAAAGGUGGACGAGUUGGCGCGGUUUCUUCUCCUCAAAUAUCAAGCGAAGCAGCCUAUCACAAAGGCAGAGAUGCUGACAAAUGUCAUCAGCAGGUACACGGGCUACUUUCCUGUGAUCUUCAGGAAAGCCCGUGAGUUCAUAGAGAUUCUUUUUGGCAUUUCCCUGAGAGAAGUGGACCCUGACGACUCCUAUGUCUUUGUAAACACAUUAGACCUCACCUCUGAGGGGAGUCGGAGUGAUGAGCAGGGCAUGCCCCAGAACCGCCUCCUGAUUCUUAUUCUGAGUAUCAUCUUCAUAAAGGGCACCUGUACCUCUGAGGAGGUCAUCUGGGAUGUGCUGAGUGGAAUGGGGGUGUGUGCUGGGAGGGAGCACUUUGUCUUUGGGGAGCCCAAGGAGCUCCUCACUAAAGUUUGGGUGCAGGAAGAUUACCUAGAGUACCGGGAGGUGCCCAACACUUCUCCUCCACGUCACGAAUUCCUGUGGGGUCCAAGAGCUCAUUCAGAAAUCAUUAAGAGGAAAGUAGUAGAGUUUUUGGCCAUGCUAAACAAUAUCGUCCCUAUUACCUUUCCAUCCUCAUACAAGGAUGCUUUGAAAGAUGUGGAAGAGAGAGCCCAGGCCAUAAUUGACACCACAGAUGAUUCGACUGCCACAGAAAGUGCAAGCCCCAGUGUCGUGUCUCCCAGCUUCUCUUCUGAGUGAAGUCUAGGGCAGAUUCUUCCCUCUGAGUUUGAAGAGGGCAGUCGAGUUUCUAUGUGAUGGAGGGCCCGGUUGAGGCUGGAGGGAACACGGUGCUAUUUGCAUUUCUGUUCCAUAUGGGUAGUUAAGGGGUUCACCUGUUUUACUUUUGGGUAUUUUUCAAAUGCUUUUCCUAUUAAAAACAGGUUUAAAUAGCUUCAGAAUCCUGGUUUAUGAACAUUAGUUCCACAUGUAUUGCUGUCUAUCUGGUUUAAGAGUAACAGUUUGAUAUUUUGUAAAAACAAAAACACACCCAAACACACCAUAUUGGGAAAACCUUCUGCCUCAUUUUGUGAUGUGUCACAGGUUAAUGGUAUUACUGUAGGAAUUUUCUUGAAACUGUGAAGGAACUCUGCAGUUAAAUAGUGGAACAAAGUAAAGGAUUGUUAAUAUUUGCAUUUCCUCAGGUCCUUUAGUCUGUUGUUCUUGAAAACUAAAGAUACAUACCUGGUUUGCUUGGCUAAUGUAAGAAAGUAGCAGAAAGUAAAUUGUAAUAAAUAAAAGUGUCAGUGACUCAUUUA